AUGUCGGACGAGAAGGAGAUCGACUACACCCUCAACAACCCCGACACCCUCACCAAGUACAAGACCGCCGCUCAGAUCUCUGAGAAGGUCCUUGCUGCUGUCGCCGAGCUAUGUGUCCCCGGCGAGAAGAUCGUCACCAUCUGCGAGAAGGGCGACAAGCUCAUUGAGGAGGAGCUUGCCAAGGUCUACCGCGGAAAGAAGGUCAACAAGGGCUUCUCUCACCCUACCACGGUCUCUCCGGCCUCUUUCGUCACUCCCUACACUCCUCUGACCUCCGACGAGGCCGAGGCCAACGUCGAGAUCCAGGAGGGCGAGCCCAUCAAGAUCCAGCUCGGCGCCCAGAUUGACGGCUUCGGCUCCAUCGUCUGCGACACCAUCAUCGCUGCCCCCAAGGAGAAGGCUUCCGAGGAGAUCACUGGCCGCUCUGCUGACCUGAUCCUCGCCAACUACUACGCCAAUGAGCUCCUCCUUCGCUUGAUGCUGCCUCCCGGCACUCUGGCCAACGGCACUGAUGAGGAGAAGGCCAAGGCCAGCGCCGAGAAGGCCCCCAGCCAGGCCAAGAUUACCAGCUUGCUCGAGAAGGUCGUCAAGGCCUACGACUGCAACCUCGUCGAGAGCACCACGUCAUGGCUCUUUGAGCGCAACGAGAUCGAGGGCAAGAAGAAGAUUGUUCUUGCCCCCGCCGAGGGCACCAAGGGCGACGGUACCCCCGAGAUUGGUGAGGUCUGGGGUGUCGAGAUGGGCGUGAGCUUGGGCGCUGGAAAGGUCAAGACCUUUGACCAGAGAACCACUCUGCACCGCCGUACCCUCCAGACCUACGGCCUCAAGCGCCCGACUUCCCGCAAGAUCCUCAACGAGGUCCAGAAGAAGUUCGGUACCUUCCCCUUCAGCUUGCGCCAGCUCGAGGAUGAGCGCGAUGCCAAGUCUGGUGUCGUUGAGUGCGUUCGCGGCAACGUUUUCCGUGCCUACGAGGUUGUUGGCGACAAGGACAUCUCCCCCGUCGCUCGCUACCUGACCACUAUUGCCAUCACCAAGAACGGCAUCACCAAGCUCGGUGCCCCCCCGGCUCUUGACCUCAGCAAGGUCAAGUCUGACAAGAAGAUCGAGGACGAGGAGAUCCUCAAGAUUCUUGAGCAGCCUCUGUCCAGAAAUACCACCAAGAGCAAAAACAAGAACAAGAAGAAGAAGAAGCCCGCCAAGAAGGCUGCCGCUGGUGAGGCGGAGGAGGAGAGCGACGAGGAGUAA